AUGCACGUACAAACUGUCAUCCCGCCCGCUACUGAAACUGCCAUUAAUUCUCUAAACCCUCCCAAAACCCUAACGCCUCCAUCCAAAAACAAUGGCCCUCACCAUUCCAUCCCCCCAACCCACCUCCCACUCUCCGCCUUUCCAAGUCCAUAGAUUCCCUCAGGACCAGUACAUAGACGCCCUCCGGUGGCUCCCCCAGCUCUCCGCCUUCCACCGCCACGUUCUCCUAGCCACUUUCAAUUCCGACACCUCCAUUUCGUCCCUCCAGACCCUCACCUACACCCCCAAUUCACCUCCCAAUCUAUCCCUUCAAUCCUCUUACCCGACCCCAUCCAGAAUCACAUCUCUCAAGACCCUUUUAAUUCCCCAAUCACCAAAACCCCUGAUUGCAGCCUCAACCCUUUCCGGGUCUUUGCUGUUUUUGUCUGCUGAUUUAGUUAAUGGGUCUCUGGAUUUUGAGUUUUCGGUACCCGAAAAAGGGUUCCAUCGCGGACCCGUUUCGGGGAUUGAUGUGGAUGGAAAUGGGUCUGGUAGUGUUGUGAGUGUUGGUGAGGAUGGGAAGAUUAAUCUGAUUGGAAUUGGGAGUGAGGGGAGAGGGAGCAAUCAGAGGUUCUUUGAUAGUAAUGGGUUGGUUUCUUAUAGCACUGUUAAGUGGGCUUCGCCGUUCGAGUUUGUGACUGGUGGAUUGGGAUAUAGCCUUCAAUGGUGGGAUCAGAGACGGCCCGGCGGACCGGUGUCUCAAUUCAAAGGCAAUUGGAGUUCUGGAACUACUACUGGUAUUGUGCACUCAGUCGAUAUUCAUCCAUCAAGAAAGCACACUUGUCUUGCAGGAGGCUCUUCUGGGACUGUGUUUGCAUGGGAUCUUCGGUGGCAGCACCACCCUGUAAUUCUUUCUGGGGCUGGGACCCCUGAAACUUAUUCUCCAUCCGAGAGUGAGAUUUGGGAGGUCCAAUAUGACAACUACACUCAUUCUUCUAAUAUCCGCAAUGUCUCAUCAUCACGUGUUCUUCCUGCAAUGAUAUGCUCAGAAGAUGGCAUUCUUGCUGUGAUUGAGCAAAGUGAAGUACCGAUGGAGCUUCUGGCUGAACCCUGUGCCAUCAAUAGCUUUGACAUUGACAAAGAAAAUCCUUCAGAUGUUAUAUGUAGCUUGGAGUGGGAGUCUAUAGCCAUCCUGACAAGGUCAUGAUUUUCAGCAUUUGAUCCUAAAGAAAGAUUGUUGUAUAUUGAUCCUGUGUCGAUAAUUUUUCAUUUUCCCCCCUGAAUGCGGCUGGUCUCAGCAAAGGGAGUUCUCUUUCGAGCGGAAUGCAGCUGGGUAUUUUGCUUGGUCCAUGGUGAUUUUGCCAACCCCGUGUCUUAGUUCUUAAUUAGUGGACCGAUGAAACCUGAAAGCAAUUGAAGUGAAAAGAUUGUUCUGUUAAAAGAACAAAGUGCUCCCUUUUGUAUCCAAUGAAUGGUGCUCCUCAUCCGGGCUUAAGACCAUGGAUGGAAGUGAGAGAUGGAUGCUAGCAGGGAUCUAUAUCCAGCCCCUUCCUGGCAAAGGGGAAAGCAUUUAUAUUAUUCAUUUAGAUGUCAGCUGACUUGUAAAGAAUCCAGUACGGCUAUUGUUACAAUUUCAGGCAUCAUCUGAGUAAAAAGAACAGACAAUUUUCAAA